ACCAUCAAACACCUCCAACCAUAAAAAUAUACUAAAAUUAACAAAAGAAACAGAGCGAAGCCCUCCCGUAGGAAGAACCCACCCAAAAAAAACGAGAAGAACAAAUUAUCUUAGGUAAGAACAGAGAAAAAAAAGAGAGGGAGAGAAGGAGGGGCUGCAACAAGCCAAAGAAUCUAAAACAAAGAAAGAAGAGUUAUAGGGAUUUUGUGAACAGCGGCACAAAUGGUCGCUGUUCUUCCCUUGGUCUCCUUCCUCCUCCUCCUCCUCCUCCUCGCCGUCCCUUCCCGUACUGCCACCGCCCAGGAGGCGGCGGUGAUGGAGAAGGCUCUGACGUCGGACGGGUCGGCCCUACUCCAACUAAAAGACUCUUUCACUGACGCUGGGGGUCUCUCCUCGUGGUCGGCCAACGGCGGCCCCCCAUGCAACUGGACCGGAGUCUUCUGCACCAACAAUUCCAUCAGCGGCCUCAACCUCGCCAGCCUUGGCCUCUCCGGUAAAAUCGACAUCGACGCUCUCGCUUCCUUGAAGGGGCUCCGCUCCAUCAACCUCAAUAACAACUCCUUCUCCGGUCCCCUUCCCACCGCUCUCUCCCGCCUCGGAGCCCUUAAGUCCCUCUAUAUCUCCGGCAAUAAGUUCUCCGGCUCCAUCCCCUCCGACGUCUUUGCCUCCAUACGCCGCCUCAAGAAGCUUUGGCUAGACCAUAACAACUUCUCUGGCCCCGUCCCGUCGUCGCUCGCCAGUCUCGGCUAUCUCAUUGAGCUCCGCAUCGACGACAACGCCUUCGAGGGUGCCAUCCCCGACUUCUCCUCCAAAGCUCUUAGGACCUUCAACGCUAAGAACAACAAACUCUCUGGCCCCAUCCCCGCCUCUCUCGCCCGCUUCGACGCCACCGCCUUCCAAGGCAAUGCCGGCCUCUGCGGUGGCCCGCUCAGCUCCUCCCCAUGCAGCAGCACCCCGCCGACGGAGACGCCACCGUCGUCGGAAAGGGAAUCCGGGUCCAGUAAUUCGGCGGUCAUUUUGAUCGUUGCCGCAUUGUUGGUCUUCGCGCUGGUCGCCGCAUUCCUGAUAAAUCGCCAGCGGCAGCGAGACAGGGAGUUCGAUACGCUCGGCGUCGUUGCCGAGGCGGAGGCCAUGGAGGAGGCGGCCGCGGCUGGCCCGGCCGUGGCUUCCUCUGAGUCCAGCCACAAGCAGAAGUCGGCCGGGUCGAGCCACAAGCGUUCCAGCUCGAGCCUGUCGGGUUCGGCGGGUGGUGCCGGAGGCGCGGGUGCGCUGGUGAUGGUCAACGAGGAGAAGGGCGUCUUUGGCCUAUCCGAUUUAAUGAAGGCCUCCGCCGAGGUGCUCGGCAACGGCAGUCUCGGGUCAGCCUACAAGGCCGUCAUGGCCAGUGGCCUUGCCCUCGCCGUUAAGCGCAUGCGCGAAAUGAAUCGUGUUGGGAAGGACACUUUCGACGAACACAUGAGGCGGCUUGGGAGACUCCGUCACCCCAACGUCCUAACGCCGUUAGCCUUCCAUUACCGGAAAGAGGAGAAACUCAUCGUCUCCGAGUACGUCCAGAAGGGCAGCCUUCUAUACAUCCUUCACGGGGAUCGAGGGCCGGAUCACAUGGCGUUGGAAUGGCCGACGAGGCUAAAGAUCAUACGAGGAAUCGCGCGAGGAAUGGCCUACCUCCACGUCGAGCUGGCGGCGCUCGACGUGCCCCAUGGGAAUCUCAAGUCUGGCAACGUCCUUCUUGGCCCGGACUUCGAGCCGAUGCUCGUUGACUACGGUUUCAGUGGGUUGAUCAAUCCGUCGCAGGCAUCGCACGUCAUGUUUUCGCACAAGUCCCCCGAGACCCUGCAGUACCGCCACGUGUCCCCAAAAUCCGACGUGUAUUGCCUCGGGGUGGUGAUGCUGGAGGUUCUCACCGGGAAAUUCCCGUCGCACUACUUGAACAACACGAAGGGCGGGACGGACGUGGUGCAGUGGACGGCGUCUGCGAUCGCCGAGAACCGGGAGGCCGAGUUGCUGGACCCAGCGAUCACGGCGAAGAACAAGGCGUCGGAGCUUAAGAUGGUGCGGCUCUUGCAGCUCGGCGUGGCGUGCGCUGACGUGGACCCGGAGCAGCGGCCCGAUAUGAAGGAGGUGGUCCGGUUAAUCGAGGAGAUAGCCGCCGGAGGCUCGGGGGAGCCGGCGAAGGAAGAGGGCGGGCCGUUCGAGCCGCUGCCUUCGCUGACGGAGGGGUACGCUGACAUGGCGCUCGGCCAGCCGGCGCCGGGGCUCGAGGGCGUGGCGGGGUGGGGAAGCACCGGCGAGCUCCGGACCAGCGAUAACUCUAAGGUGGCGCCAUGAGGACACGCUGAAAUGACGAGAAUAGCCUUAUCACUUCGAUGAGAUGAAGCCGUGGACGAGCGCAUUUUUUUGUGAGGGUAGGCAGAGGUGUGGUGGGGGGGACUGUAAUUGUUGAAAGCAUGGGGGAUUUAUUUGUCAUAUUAUGGUGGUUGUGGGUGAGCUUUUACUGAUUUCAUUCAGUGAGUUAAACAGACACCGAAUUUUCUUAAAGCAUUCACUGUGGCACAAAUUGAUGCCUUGAUGGGACCCGAUUAUACGUAUGUCUAUCCAUUAUGAAACGUUUGAAUUUCGUGGACAUUUCUGUAAUAAGAUUCCCUUUUAUGGGCCAUAA